UCCGGCCGCAUACAAUGCCUCACAAACGAGCAAAGCGAUCGGUGAGGGUGGCCAAGCGCGACGAGAGAGGUAACGAUCUCGUCCCUCCCAAAGCGAGCAAAGAUGUUCAUAUGACUGGUUUGCCCAAGAAUGCGAUGCGGAUCUUGAACGCCGGCAAGGUGCAGGCUGAGUACAAUGCUCGUCGGAAAGCCAUCAAGGAAGGUACAUACGUCCCAUCCGAUGACCCUUCCUCUUCCUCGUCCGUCAAGGGCAAAGGUAAAGCAAAGGCACGCCCUGCCAAGGCGGCAGUCUCUCCUGCAGAUGAGCUGCGCAUCCGGCCUGGAGAGAAGCUUGGUGACUUCAACAGGAGAGUUGAGCAGACUAUGGCGGGCGUCGUUGCUGCUACUGCUAGGACAGAAGCCAGGAGAGAAAAGAAGAGGAAGCGAUCCGAGCUGGAUCGCAAAAAAGGAGGGGAAGAAGACGAUGAAGAAGGAGAAGGUAGUGGGACCUCGAGACAGACGAGAGCCCAGAAGGCGAAGGAAAUUGAGGAGUCACAACCUUCGUCCAAGGAUUUGAAACGAGCCAGGGAAGAGCUGCAAGGUCAGAGCGGAGGGCGAGAGCUGGACUUUGCAAAGGCCUCUCAAGUACGAAGGGUCAACGACGUUGCGCAAGCUCCGCCUCGAUUCACCAAGCUACCUCGUGGCGAAUCCAUCGAGGCAAGAGCUAGAAAAGCCAAGGUCUCUGCUGCCAUCCAGGGUCAAGAUCCAGACGAGGCUGCCAGACUGAUCAGAGCAGCCAAGGGCGAAAGAACAGUCACCAAGGGGCAAAUGCCUGAACCUAUCAAGAAGCAAGCUACCGUGCCUGUGGGUGGGCUGAGGAGAGAAAAGGAGCUCAGAGAGGAGAGGGAACGGAUGAUCAGGAUGUACCGCCUGAAGAAGUCUGCUAGGGAGGGGCAAAAGGAGUUUGACAGGUGAGAGAUCCUAGUAUACUACGCAUCAAUGAUACCCCAAGUCGCAUUCGCUGGAGCCUGAGCGUGAACGACUCGGUCAGGUCACUCUCUACCCCUUGCCCUUCCUCCAUCAUCCCCCGUUCCCCCAAUCACCAUCACACGCCCAUCUUAAUCCCGACCUUGCAUGACACUCCACGCAAUGGUCGAUUCAUAUUGAGGCGCAGAUGAACUCCAGCAUCGACUGGUUCAACGAUUCCUUUCGCUAUCUGGCCCAGAGUUUCCUCCCACCUUUUCGAAGGUGGAGGGGGGCCUCAAUGAAGUCUGAUGGAUAGUAGGAAAGCAGACAUCUCUUUGACGUGAAUGCAAAAAGAGUGGUGGAAUUGGUAGUGGCUAUGAUUGGGUAUGAUGAACAUGGUACAGGGGCAUGAUGCGAAUCAUUGCGAAGGUGGGAAGAUCUUCUGCGAUACCGCCUUCUUGAAC